AUGAAGUUCAACGCCCCCAUUAUCGUCCUCGCCACGCAGCUGGUCGCCGUCUACGCAGGCUCCGGAGUAGCCGCCCGAACCGCGAUCGAGGAGGAGUGCGGCGCUCUCGGCGUCUUCAAAUACAACCCCUCCGACCUCCAGGCCAACGAGGACCCCUCCCGCUUCCGCAAGUGCAAGGAGCACCCCAUGUUUCUCGAGGGCGUAUUCCCCGGCCCGGGCGACAACUCCGCCGGCGACGGCGAGGCGGAGGACGGCGCGGCCGGCACGUCGCCGGUGACCAGGUCCGAGCCUGUCGACAACAUCCUGGCGAAGCGGGAGUGCCUGAAGCCCUCGGACGCCCAGUACGGGUGCUCCAAGGACAAGUGGUGCUGGUCCCGAUGCGGCAACGUGGGCCAGUGGUGCUGGCUCGCCUGGGAAGGCGGGAAGGGGGCCUGGAGAGGCUGCCAGUCGAACAAUGAUUGCAAGCCGCUCAAGGAAUCUGGUUGCGGACAGGGGGAUUACUGCGAAUCUUGUGGCUGCUCGUGCUGA